CUUGUAAUGGGUUCAUCCUCUGGCACAUGUGAAAUAGUUGAAGAAAGGGAAGAGCUAAAUACUGGGAAAGCUGUUGGGAUUUAUCUGUCCAAUUCUGAGAAUAGCACGUCUGAGAAAAAUCAGAAGCUUUCAGCGCUGAAACUGGGAAACAAGGAUAAUCUAGAUGAUGAUAUUAAUAAGCUGUUUGAAUCAAUUGCUCUUAAAUCUUCAACAAGGGAUUUGGGUGUUUUACGAGAUGGUACAAGCCCUAAGAUGAAAAAUGUAUUGAAAAAUCAAAACGCAACGUAUAUUUCUCGGUCCCCACGAGUUGGGAGUUCUGAACAUGUUAAUUUAAAGCAGGCAUUAAGAGAACUUUGCAUAUCUAAGGCAUCAGAAAUGGCUGCUAUGAAACGAUUAUCAAAGUCAACGGCUUCUCCAAGAAUAUCAGAGGGUGAGAAGAUACAGACAUUGUAUAAUUCGGUUCUAGCUGGAACUAGUCGAUCUGGGCCUGCUUUUGUUGAGAAUAAGGGGAGUAUAAUUGAAAUAUCUCUAGUGCCAGAAAAAAGCAAGUCAUUUUCCUUGGAGAAAACAUCUCAAUCUCAUCAAACUGCCCAAAUUAAAUCACCGAGCCAAAACAUUCAUUCUUCUUGGGAAAUUGCUGUUGCAACUACUCAACAUGAUUCUGGGACUUCAUUGAUGCAAAGUGAUUUGGCAUGUUCAUCAAGUAAAGUUGGGGUUCAACCACUGCAAGGUGUGCCUGUUCUGACAGAAAAAGAAACAUCUGCAUCUUCUCCUCCUCUUUAUAAUAUGUCCGGAAGCAAACUAGAGUUGUCCAAAAAUGCUUCUUCCCCUAAAAAGUCAGGAAAGAAAGCGUUUGUGUCAAAUACUGGGCGGAAAGUUAGGUUGCAAACACUAUCUUCAUCUACUUCUGUGAAUGGAAACAGAGUUAACAAACUGCCACGCCAUGGCCCCCGAACAGUUAAAUCAGUCAUCAAGAACAAGAAUCUGAGUAAGAAGAACCUGGAGGAGGAUUCAGGUUCUGCUUUAUAUGAUCCUACAUCCAAUGAAGUUAUUAAGUUAGUUCCUGGUACAACUCGGCUGGUUUGUGAGAGAUGUAGGUGUGCUUUAGAAAAUACAAGUGAAGAAAAAAAUCAAGAUAUUAUGGCAUCGGACUCUACCAGUCUUGGGAAUGGAGUAAUCUUGAGUAAUGUGCACUCUGGUUCAAAUAAACCUGGUUUGGAAUCAACUAGCAGUAAUAAAAACAGGGCAGUUGCAAAAGUGAAGAAGAACACCAAGUUGAAAGAGCAACUUGAAUUUUCACAAAGUUCAAAUAGUAGUCAAGGUGAGUACAGUAGUAGUACAAGUACCAGUGAUGAGAGCAAUGCGAGUGGCUCAAGUUGUGGCACUAGGCCUCACAUGUCAAAUGAUGUUAGAUGGGAAGCCAUACGACAUGCUCAAAUACAGCAUGGGGUAUUGGGCUUGAGACACUUCAAUCUUUUGAAGAAACUUGGUUGUGGAGACAUUGGGGUCGUAUAUCUUGCUGAACUAAUUGGCACAAGUUGCUUGUUUGCUAUUAAGGUCAUGGACAAUGAAUUUUUGGUGAGAAGGAAGAAGAUGCCUAGGGCUCAAACUGAAAAAGAAAUAUUAAGGAUGCUGGAUCAUCCAUUUCUUCCCACACUGUAUUUGCAAUUUACAUCAGAUAAUCUGUCAUGUCUGGUCAUGGAGUAUUGUCCAGGUGGAGAUCUUCAUGUACUAAGGCAGAAGCAGCUUGGUAGAAGUUUUUCUGAGCCAGCAGCAAGGUUCUAUGUUGCUGAAGUCCUUCUCGCUUUGGAGUACUUGCACAUGCUUGGGGUUGUUUACCGUGAUUUGAAACCUGAAAACAUUCUUGUCCGAGAAGACGGCCACAUUAUGCUCACAGAUUUUGAUCUGUCACUGAGGUGUGCUGUUAGCCCAACGCUUCUGAAAUCAUCUUCUGAUGUUGACCCUGCAAAAAUAUCGGGUCUUAGUGCACAGUCAAGUUGCAUUGAGCCAUUCUGCAUUGAGCCAUCUUGUCAGGUUCCAUGCUUCAGCCCUAGAUUCUUACCUGCUGCUGCAAAAGCAAGGAAAUUAAAAGUUGACCUUGCUGCCCAGAUCAGAUCAUUGCCACAGCUUGUGGCCGAGCCCACUGAUGCAAGAUCAAACUCAUUUGUUGGUACACAUGAAUACUUGGCGCCUGAGAUCAUCAAAGAAGAGGGACAUGGAGCUGCAGUUGACUGGUGGACAUUUGGUGUUUUUCUAUAUGAGCUUUUAUAUGGUAGAACACCCUUUAAAGGUUCUAACAAUGAAGAAACAUUAGGGAACGUUAUGUUGCAAAAUCUUAGAUUCCCUGACAGUCCAACUGUUAGUUUCCAAGCCAGGGAUCUGAUUAGCAGGUUGUUGGUUAAAGAGCCUGAAAACCGUUUGGGUUCAGAGAAAGGGGCUGCUGAGAUUAAACAGCAUCCUUUCUUUGAUGGCCUUAACUGGGCCUUAAUACGUUGUUCUGCCCCACCAGAACUUCCAGAGCUUUGUUAUUUUGGAGUUUCAGACAUGACCUCACAGGGCAAGGGUGCUAUGUAUUUAGAGUGUAAAGCAACAGGAGAGCAUGUGGAAUUCGAGUUGUUUUAAAGACACUGCUCUAUGUGGCAUUGCUGUUAUGCAUUUCCAUGUUUAUGGCUCCAUGCUCUUUGUGUCGAGCUGUAACUUAUAUG